ACCACCGACGGAAUCAACAACACAAGUAGCUAGAUAGCCAGGCAUCUAGUUCAUAAACCAUUGCUGACGAUAAUUUUUUGUAUAAACACCGUUUUCCAGCUCGUGACUACCACAAUCCACGCGUGAUCAAUCAGCCAACGACGCUAGCAAGCAAACUGUACCAGCAUAAUUUAUAACAUCGUCAAGCUGUAACAUUCAUUCGCUGGUUCAAUUGUUGAUAGAAACAAUUUUUUAACACGUUGGACAAAUACGAUUGCGUACCAGGAAAAUCAAAAUAUUUUUUAUUGGUAACUUUGAAGCUAAAAUUAUUUGUAUCUAACGUGGCUGGCUAGUUGUUGAUUUUAUGUUGUUGGCUGCACGUCAUUGACACCCCCUGUUUUUGUACGUUACCAGCUAAGUUUAGUUUAGCUAGCGUUCGCUGUUUUCUUGAAGGUGACAAUCAGUACGACAUAGUUUUUUAGAACACCCCGUACUUUUGGUGCUUUUUAUCUUGUCAUCAAACCUUUAGUGAAAUUAUACUUUUUGGCUACUAGUCAAAGUCACUGUUUGUUGGCAGCUUCCACCAAGAAACGUUAGCCUAAUAGCUAUCUAUCAAGUGUCAGCGCGAGCCUUAUCGUCAGAAUUUUUGACCAACGUUAGCUCUCUAACUAGAUAAUAAUUUACCCACUGUAACCAGUAAAUAAACUAACUAACGUCAAUCCUGCACAUUUAUCGGUGAAGUAUUAAAAUAUAUACUUUGCAGUGCAGCUAUUACUGCUAUCGACAAGCAUUUUUGCACAGAGAAGGCUAACCAAGCUCUAGCUGACUUCGUCCGAUUAUUGUACACAUACAUUUUGACCCAGGAUUGUGAUUUUAUCGGUGUUAUUGUUGAACAUGGCGGCUAUCGAAAUGGUGCAGAUGUUGAUUGAAGCAGCUGAGUACCUUGAUCGCAGGGAAAGAGCUGAACAUGGCUAUGCUUCCAUGUUACCGUUCACCAGCAGCAAAGAACGGGACAGUCUAAAGCGGAAAAACAAAAGCAAGAAAAAUUUUAGUAGCAGGUCUACGCACAACGAAAUGGAGAAGAACAGGCGGGCAAACCUACGGCUGUGCUUGGAGCGCUUGAAAUCCCUCGUUCCCUUGGGACCAGACACCAGCAGACACACCACCCUCAGUCUGCUGAUGAAGGCCAAGGAGCACAUCAAGAGGCUGGAGGAGAGCGAGCGCAGGGCCCAGCACGCUCUGGAGCAGCUUCAGAGGGAACAGAGGCACCUGCAGCGCCGGCUGGAGCAGCUGGGCGUGGAGCGCACGCGCAUGGACAGCACCGGCUCCACACACUCCGACAAGUCCGACUCCGACCCGGAGGACCUGGAUGUGGACGUGGAGGGGACAGACUACCUGCUGGGGGACCUGGAGUGGAGCACCAGCGGAGUGAGUGACUCUGACGAGCGCGGCAGCCUGCGCAGCAGCUGCAGUGACGAGGGCUACUCCAGCGCCAGCCUGCGCCGCCUGCAGGACACUCAGGAGAAGGCUGGGCUGGCCUGCAGCCUAUAGGAGCACAGCCUUGUAUCCCCCAAUCCCCUCCUCCCCUACCCACACCGCCCCCAACACCCUUGUCUAGCUCCCCCCGCCCUCCGCAAGUCUCUGCCAAUCAGACCUCACUCCAAACCGCCAUCCCCACCUCCUCCUCUCUCCGUCCCUCGUCCCAGCGGGACCGAUCCGACCAAUCCCGAGGCGCCUCGAGCUGCCCGUUCCGCCUCUUGUCCCGCCCCCUCCGCUCACGCCCACCCCGCCCUCCGCCAGCCAAUCAGGGGGAGGAGGAUCAGUUUCGAGGCUCCCGCCCGCUCGGACGCUCCGCUCCAAUCGGGUGUGCGUGAUCGACGGGGGAAAAAACGCCCUCGGCCCCCGUCAUGGUCCACCAGCCCCCUUCCGUCCCUCCUGGCGUCCGCAGCCAGAGAAUGUGCUCGCCCGUCACCCCCCCACCUCCUGUUUUUGUAUGCUUCUCCAGGAGCCAAUGGAAAGCUGUUCUGAGAUUGAGCACACCCAGUCCCCAUGUCUCCCAUGCUUCCAAUGACAGCAAUUCCCUCCAAAGGCGGUGGCUCAGCCACGGGGGGGGGGAUGGGGGGGGCCGAGUCCACCUGGGUGACCAUCGUGAGCAUGGUAUUUUGCACUUAGAACAGGGGAAAGGGUGGUCUCGGUGAGGCGCUGGGUCAAACCCAUGCCCCCAAAGGCCCUGCAGCUGUAGUAGUAAUGUAAUAUCAGGUGAUUGUUGUCUAGUAAGCCUUUAAAAGUGAAUUGUCUGUCUGCACUACCCCCCCAUCCUCCCCACGGGGAGUUCUAGAACACUGGCCGUGAUGUCAUCCUCUUGUUGUCGUGGACGGCAGAAGCACGUGCAUCCAUCCACCCAGGCUUCGCAGAAGGACCGUUUAUGAAUCCCCCGUACGUGGGAACGUUUGUCAUCUGUUGGUUUUGGUUUCGCAUACCCUGUGGUUCAUGUCCGCGCUUGCCACUUCAGAAGGACUACAAGGAAGAAGGAAAAGGAAGGAAGGAAGGAAAAAAAAAUUAUUAUAUGUGCAGCAUGAGAUUUAAAUGGUGG